UGAAAGUACCAAAAUUGAGGUUACUUUGUGAUAUUUGGACGUGGUUUAUUAUUCCUUCAAAGAGGAAUGUCUUGGAAUUGUGUAUUAACAUUAGUACAGUAUUUAUUCCUUUAAUUUAUUAUUUAGUUAUGCAAAGAUGGAUAAAUCACCGACAAAUAAUAUCCCAAAGGAAGUUGAAAGUAAUGGUGUCAAAAAAGAAGUAUUUCCUGUUGUAGAAAAAACCAAAAAGGGUUUAUCAAAUUUCAGAGCAAUUAUAUUUCUUUUGUUAUGGUAUUUUUUCAGUGGGUGUACUUUAUUUUUAAAUAAAUAUAUUUUAACUUACCAAAAUGGCAACCCAACUGUCUUAGGGGCUUGUCAAAUGUUAAUGACUGCAGCAUGUGGUUUUGUGCAAUUAUAUUUUCCUUGCGGAAUGUAUAAGCCAUCACAGCGGUUAAGUAAGCCACCCGGAUUUUAUAGACACAUGGUAUUAGUAGGUUGUUUUAGAUUUUUAACGGUUGUGCUAGGUUUAGUAGCUUUGAAUUAUGUGGCUGUUAGUUUCACAGAAACUAUUAAAAGCUCUGCUCCCCUUUUUACAGUAUUAAUAUCAAGAUUUCUCUUAGGAGAACAAACCGGACUCUAUGUCAACUUGAGUCUUCUUCCUGUUAUGUCGGGAUUGGCUUUAUGUUCCAUUAAUGAAGUUAGUUUUGAACUAAUUGGCUUUUUGGCAGCUAUGGCCACAAACGUAACUGAAUGUGUACAAAAUGUUUAUUCAAAAAUGUUGAUUUCUGGAGACAAAUUUAAAUACACACCAGCUGAAUUACAAUUCUACACUAGUGUGGCAAGCAUAGUUGUUCAAAUCCCAGCCACUUUAUUAUUGGUUGAUUUAGUAUCCAGUGAAAAAAUUGGUUAUAAACUAAUUUUGUGUUUUGUAUUAAACGGAAUAUUUUUCCACUUCCAAAGCAUCACAGCUUAUGUCCUUAUGGACUAUAUUAGUCCUGUGACACACAGUGUUGCUAAUACUGCUAAACGGGCGUUUCUCAUAUGGCUCUCUAUUCUUAUGUUCGGGAAUCCGGUAACGAUGUUAAGUGGAUUGGGAACAAUAACUGUGAUAGCAGGUGUUUUUUUGUAUAUAAAGGCACAAGAAUACGAUAACGAUAGGUUAAGUUCUGCAAAUUUAAUGCAUAGGAAAGUUAGGGCAAUAUAAACGUUUUUUUUUCUGUCGUAGAUCGGGUUGAAUUUGUUUUUGUAUAUACUUUAUAGAUGGUUUGAUGAUGUGCUUGUUCUGUUGCUGUAGGAAUGUUUAAGAAAAAAUUAUUCCACGAAACACGUCUUGGAGACUAUAUAGAUAAAGAUCAUUUGUACUAGUCAUUUAUUAACUAUAUCUUUGAUAUAAACCAUUGUUGAAGGAAAGCUAUAAAACCGUUUGCGAGACCUUCAGGAUUUAGAAAGUGUCAUUGAUAUUAAUAUUUGUGAUUUUAGUUGUUGUAUGAAUAUGGAGAUUCCAAUCUAUAGUGUGUUCUUUAUGGUCAUCGUCUCUAGAAUAAAGGUUGUUUUGAUGGAAUCCAAAAUAAUAAUAUUAAAACUAAUUUUUUGUGUUAUUGAUAUAAAAGUGUAUAUUAAUGCUCAGUUAAAAAUCAAUUAUUUUCUUUUAUAUUAAUCUACCAAUUUGAUGGGUGUUUACUGUAAAUCCAUGAUGAAAUUUAAUAUUAUCGGACAUUUCAUGUCAUAUAUUUUAACUGAUUUAUGACAAAAUUAAAAUACAACAAACAUGUUUGGCCUGUAAAGUCCUCACUGUUCAUUAUUGAAACUAUAGUUUUACACUUUACACAAAAUGAUAUACAGGGUGAUUCAUAAAUA